AUGCCCCACGACCGCCCCACCUUCGUCCUUCACAAAUGCAGGAACAUAUACGACACCGCCACGGGCGAGCGCAUCGGCGUCGUGCUGGAGUGCGAGCAUGUCGUGGAUCUAGAGGAGUGGGAGGAGAUUGGAGAGGAGAGUGAGGAGGGGGACAGUGAGGAAGAGGAUGGUGAGGAGAGUGGGGAGGAGGAGGAGGGUGAGGAUGGUGAGGAGUGGGAGGAGUGGGAGGAGUGGGAGGAGUGGGAGGAGUGGGAGGAGUGGGAGGAGUGGGAGGAGAGUAAUGGGGAGGAGGGUGUGAUACUCCUGGAUGAGGAUGAGGACGAGGAUGAGGAGGCAGUGCUGGGGGGGAGUGAGGCGGGAGGGUGCGGUGUGCCACCGGAUAUGGUUCCGACACGGAGACCAGGGCGACGGCCAGGGCGACGGUGCAGGAGAGUGCAGUGCAGCCGGGUGCAGUGCUGGGGACGGGGGAACUGA